AUGGGCAACAGAACGGAGACGGCGACACCUGAAAACACAGAUGAAGAAAGCGGUGAUGCCUUCACUGACGCUGAUUUUGGUGAUUUCGAUGAUGGUGUAGCUGAACUGAAUGGAAUGGAGGUGUCAGCUGCAUCUACGGAUACUUUAUCCACGGUGAAAUGCAAUGCGGAUGCAGACAGUGGCAUUCAAAGAGGGAUACAAGCAAUUGAAGAGCGAAAUGGUUCAGACGUAGAAAUCAAUAAUUCCUCAAUAAUUGGAAUACUUGGCGAUCAGCAAAAUCAUGCAGAACAGCGUUUGGCGGCGCGGCGGGCGGCACGAGCUGAGGCGAGAGAGAUUCGUAUGCGAGAGUUGGAAAGGCAGCAGAGGGAACAGGAGGACCAUGCCGACAAGGCCUACGAUAUGUAUGCAGAAACCGUCGGACGCCGCGGUGGGACCCGACUGGCAUCCCUAAGUCCGGCCGGUUUGCAUUCGCCUAGAAGAAGUUCAGAAGACUCUGACGAAGUACUGAGUGUUAAAGAUCUUAGGCAUGAAUUAAAAGAAGUCGAAGAAAAAUUUCGCAAAGCAAUGAUACUGAACGCUCAGCUAGACAAUGACAAAGCAGCGCUCGGCUACCAACUGGAGCUUUUUAAAGAUCGAAUAGAAGAAUUACAAGAGGAGCACGCGCAGUUACAGCGUGAGCAUAAGGAGAAGUGUUCAUCACACGAGCGCCUAAAGCGCGACCACGCGACCCUGGAACGUGAGUUGACUUGUGCCCGUGACGCGAUCCGCGCAAGAGACGCGGCCGUCGAAGGUGCGGGAUUCGCAUUUGUGGAGUCGGGCGAUACAGAGGCGCAAGGUUUCGGAGCUGUGCCGCCGCUAGCGCUGGUCUCGCACCAGUCGCAGGCGCUCCUUCAAGAUGGCGGCGAAGGAACUCUUGAUGUUCGGUUACAAAACUUGGUGAGCUCUAAGCAGGCCUUGGAGUCGGAAGUGAGAAAGUUAAAGCUGCAGUUGAAUGAAGAACGCGCCGCCAGACAAAAUGGCGUCACCUCCCACCACGAUAGCGAUUAUGAAAACGAAUUGGAAACCCUAAGAAAGUCAGUGUCAGACGCGAAGGGUCGAGCGGCGAGAGCAGAAGCGGAAGCAGCAUUGCAAGCGGGGGCCGUCGCGAGACUUGAAGCACAGGUGCAAAGGCUACGGGCGAGGCAGGACCACCAGGACGAACAUGAAGAGAUGCUGAAGCAGGAGAGACGGCGAUUGCAAAGAGAGGCACGUGAAGCAUUGAACCGGGUGGAAGAGUUGGAGACGGAAAACAGUCAUCUAACGAAGAGGUUAGACAAACUCAAGAACGCCAAGUCUGCUCUACUGAAGGAACUGUGA